AUGUUCUGUUUUAUUCAAAGUGUUACUCCACAAACAAACCAAAAUGUACAGACUCUAAUUUCCGACCUUUUUGCUAGUUACUCGUCCAAAGUCCGCCCCAUUGUCAGCCAAAAUCAGCCGGUCCAGCUGGACGUCAGUUUUUACUUAAGCAGUAUCAAUGAGGUCAACGAGGUCAAGGAGAAGCUGGUUACCACGGGAUACCUUAUGUUGUCAUGGACAGAUGAGCUGUUGAGAUGGACACCCUCCGACUAUAACAACACUGACACCAUCUUCAUUCCACAGAAUGAUAUAUGGAAGCCUGAUCUUGUACUGAAGAAUGGAUUUAAGAAGUUCGAGGAGCUGGGAGGAAACUUUUACUACCUGUCAAUCAAUUACGAAGGGUCAGUUCUAUGGUUGCCGUUCCAUGUGUUUGAAAGUCGUUGUUCCAUGGACAUAACCCAUUUCCCAUUCGACACACAAAAAUGUGAUAUCAAAUUUAUCACAUGGAGUCAUUUUGCAGAUCAAAUAGAAAUAACAAAAUCAACAAAGGGAAUUCAAUUUUACGAAUACGAGACCAAUGGUGUAUGGGAUAUAGUCGACACAUCAUCGGAGAUCAAGAAAGAGAUGAGCGAAUCCGAAGUCACAUUCACCGUUAGAUUACGUCGAAAGUCCCAGUAUUAUAUAUUAAAUAUUAUUCUUCCCAUCGUUUUCUUGGGUUAUUUAAAUAUGCUAGUUUUUGUGAUCCCAGUCGACGCAGGAGAAAAAAUGUCAUUUUGUGUGACCGUAUUUUUGGCUUUUGCUGUUUUUCUCACCAUUAUUUCCACACUGUUGCCAACUACCUCCGACCACACUCCGAUUUUAGCUAUGUACCUGAUCGUUCAAUUAAUAUACGGAGUCAUAGCCCUUAUUAUAUCAGCUUUUCAGCUCCGCCUACAUCAUAGAGACAACGAAAACGAAAUACCGCCAUGUUGGGUCAAGGUCGUCCUACUUCAAAGAAAACUGAGAUGUAAGAAAACAAAUACGACUAAAGUCGAUGCUUUGGAUUCAAACUUGAACGAGAAAGAAGGAUUUAACACCAUGCAGCCUAACAAUGGUGACCCGGAAGUGAUGUGUGAAUGGAAGCACGUGUCUUCUUCCAUUGAUUUUUUCGCUUUCUGGUCUUUUUUUAUCUCCAAUAUUUUGAUUACUAUCAGCAUGUUUUCAGCAUCAGCAACACAUGUAAUUACCCUUCAAGAACAAGGCCAAGAGGCUACAGUGGCCAGUCGUAGUGGGACCCGAAACCAGUGUCCGAGGAACUCAAAUAUUGUUGACAACACCAAAACAGAAGCUCGCAGCAUUGGGAGGGGACUAAAGGAAUAUAGUCGCCAUGUGGAAUAA